AUGGCCAAAACUAGUCUCAAAGAGAAUAAUUAAGUUUAAGAUUCUAACACAAACUCUGAGCCUAAACUAGAUUGUAAUAUUUAAUUAUACACAAUUCAUAAAUUAUAACUCAAAGAUUUCUUUUAGAUUAAGAUUGCUGUAAUUUAUUUUACUUUAAGACUCAACUAUUUCAUUCUUGAAACCAUUCUUCUAGCAAUACUUACUAAUUUCAUUUAUAAAUUCUAAAAUCUUUAAAAUAUUCUCUUACUCAGUAUAUUAUUUUUGGUUAUUAUGGAAUAUUCAUUGAUUAUUCAAUUUCUUAUUAUGAUUUAAUAGGGUGAAUAAGCAAUCAAAUUAUCAUAAUUCUAGUAUUUUUAAAAGAUUUCAAUAGUUUAAAAACAACAGUAACUAUUCUAUAAAACAAUAUGUCCAUUAAAUAUAGGACAUAUUAUUAAUAAUAGGUAUAUUCUUAUGCCAUGUGUUCAUAUUUUAAACGUUAUUGUUAAAAAGAUUUAGUUGAAUAAUGAGCAUAGAAAUGUUAUAAAAUUUCCAUUUUUCUAUUUUAUUUUAAUAUGA